AUGACAUGGACGGAAAGUCUUGAUUUUGUCGCAAUAAUUUCAGUAUAUCACUUGUGCAACGAUUGUCGGUAUUAUCUUCAUGAAGAAUGUGCCAAGUUGGAGGAUGAGGUCGAACACUCGCACCAUCCAUUUCAAUCUCUGAAGCUGCACGGUAUUGUAGAUGAUUGGGAUUUCUAUUGCAAUGUGUGUCAAAUGGGUUGUCGGGGCUUCAGCUACCGUUGCACCGACUGUAAUUUCAAAAUGGAUCUUUUAUGUUCACUCAAAUCAAAGAUUCAGUUACCAAUUCACGACCACAAGCUAAAGCUACAGGUUGGUAAUACUGAAACUGAACCAUUCUUUUGCGAUUUCUGUCAUACUAGAUGUUACAGUCAUCGAGGACGGAUUAAAGCACUCAAACACUCAAGCAUAGAAACUGAAGCCUCAGAAUACAACAACACAGGCGAGUUGACUCGCAUGAACUGGCUAAAAGCUGGGAACAACCCAGUUGAGCUCUCUUCCUUAUCCUUGGCUUGA